GUGAUGAAAACCCUGCGCCACAAAUACGUGAUCAGUUUCUACCAGGCUAUCGAGACCACCUCUCGCCACUACAUCAUCAUGGAGCUGGCACCCUGUGGCGACGUCCUGGAGUGGAUCCAGAAAUCGGGAGCUUGCUCUGAGGCCCUGGCUGGGAAGUGGUUUUCUCAGCUGGCUCUGGGGAUCGCCUAUCUGCACGGCAAGGGCAUCGUGCACCGCCUGUCUCCUUCCUUUUCCCCUGCUGCCUUUUCCGACUGCAGGGACCUGAAGCUUGAGAACCUUCUCCUUGACAAGCGUGAAAACAUCAAGAUCUCGGACUUUGGCUUCUCCAAGAUGGUGUCCACCCAGACGCAGCCUCCUCCCACGCCGUCCUACCGCAUGAUGAGCUGCUUCUCGCACCUGAGCCAGACGUACUGCGGCAGCUUCGCCUACGCUUGCCCGGAGAUCUUGCUGGGCCUGCCCUACAACCCAUUCCUCUCCGACAUCUGGAGCAUGGGGGUCAUCCUCUACACCUUGGUGGUGGCCCACCUGCCCUUCGACGACACCAACCUCAAGAAGCUGCUCCGGGAGACACAGAAGGAGGUGAACUUCCCCAACCACCUCCAGCUCAACGAGGAAAUCAAGGAAUUGGUCCACCGCAUCCUCCGCCCGGCUUCCAAGCGGCUGAACAUCCUGGAGGUGUUGAAAGUCCCUUGGGUGCUCAAGUUCCUGGCUGAGAAGCCAACCACCGAGAUCAAGGCCCUGGAAGCGAUCUGCGGACCCCGGGCAGCCGACACCAGCAAGAACGCCACCACGCCCAGCACCAGGUCCCGCUCCCUCACCUUCACGCCGGACAAAAAGAAGGGCGCCAGCCGAACGCGCAGCACCGGGCAGAUCAAGGGGGUUAAGAACCCGGAGAAGCCCAGCUGAAGGA